CGAGUUUAAAGAGGGAGAGUGAGUGAAAGAGGGGUUUUUUUCUUUUCGGUGCAAGAGAGAGAGAGAGAGAAAGAAAGGGUUUAAAAUCUUCGUCUUCUUAUUCUUGUCGCAGCCGACGGAACAAACAUUCGACGUCGUUUUAAAGCUGAUAAUCAGAUCUGAGUGAGCGAGAGGGAGGUAAAGGGAGGGAGAAAAUGAGUGGCAAGGGAGGAGGAGGAGGAGGAGGCGGAGUCGGGAAGGGCAACAAUGGAAUUUCAACCAUCCCGGUUGGGGCUAGGAAGAUUGUCCAGAGUUUAAAGGAGAUUGUUAGCUGUUCUGAGACCGAGAUCUACGCUAUGCUUAAAGACUGUAACAUGGACCCUAACGAAGCCGUUAAUCGCCUCCUCGCUCAAGAUCCCUUUCAUGAGGUGAAGAGCAAACGAGACAAGCGAAAAGAGAGUAAGGAUAUAACAGAUUCCAGGUCUCGUGGGGCUGGUAACUCAAACCGUGGCAGCAGGGGUGGUACUGACCGAUAUGCUGGUCGUAGUGCUUCAUUCCAGUUUGGUUCUAGUGAGCCAGGCAGUUUGCAUAGCAAGCCUACCUAUAAGAAGGAGAAUGGAACACUUGCAUAUGCUGGUUCUUCAGCUACUGAUAUGGUAGCAAAUAAUCAGCGAUCUCCAUCCUUCAGUGAGUCUGUGGCCCCAAAUAAUAAAGUAUCAACAGUGGUCUUGGGUGAUGGGAUUUCUUCAUCUAUGCAGCCUUCUUCUGGAUUUCAGUCUUCCUGGUUGGGGGUCCCUGGUCAAGUUUCAAUGGCUGAUAUUGUGAAGAUGGGUAGGCCACAAACCAAGGCUCCACCUCUCCACAACGUUAAUAAUCGACAUGUCGUGGCACCCCCUUCAACAAUAUCACAUCAUGAUAUACAUUCAUCACAAGAUCAUGCUACCAAUGUGGCAGACAUAAACACUGAUCCAGGAGUUGCUACAAGCCAGUAUGCUCCUUCCAAUGAUGAAUGGCCCUCGAUUGAGCAGCCGCCAAAAGUGUCUUCUUUUCUAGAGGCACCUGCACCCUCUGAGCUGUAUACAAAUCAAUCUAACUUGUCCUUGGAUAGAACUGAUCAACAAAUAAAGUCCCAGUUGGAUGAGGUUGAGGAGGAAGAGGAUGACACUGAGGAAACUCCUGUUGCAAACUAUGUUGGAUCUGCAUCUGUGUCUAGUAGAAAUAUACCAGAGGAUAAUUCUGGGGGGUCAUCUCUUUUUGAUAACAACUUGUAUAAUAACAUGAGUUCCUACCAGCCUCAUAGGCAUGCCUUUGAGCAUGAUGAAGCUGAAGAUAGUUCUUCAGUAACUGCAAAGCUGCAGCAACUUAAUAUACAGAACGAUGAUCAAGGGCCACAACCUGAAGAGGACAACCCUUCAGUAAUAAUACCAAAUCACCUGCAAGUGCAUACUCCUGACUGCUCACACCUGAGCUUUGGAAGUUUUGGGUCUGGCAUUGGUUCUGCUUUUCCUGGGCCAUUUGCAUCAAGGCCAUUGAAAAGUAACUUGGAGGAGGCAUCUGAACCAGCGGAUGUAUCAUCAAUUGCUCACUCUGAUGCUAGAAAUCCUGAGUAUUAUGGGGAUGAGCAUCUCAGAAGUACCUCAGAUGCUAAUAUAGUACAUAGACCUAAUGUGAGUGCUGCGGAUUAUGAUCCUUCUCCUGUUUCACAGCCAGAGGUGUUAAAACAGGAAACCCCUGAAAUUGCACAGGACAACCAAUAUGUGUUUCCUUCAUCUGCACCCGGUUAUAAUUAUGAAAAUGCCCAGCAGUUGAAUACUGCAUUUCCUCAUCAGCAAGCAAGCACUCAAAUGCAGAGUCUUGCUCCGUUGUCAAGCGUAAUGUUGCAGGCAUACACAAAUUCACUACCUGGUACCUUGUUGGCAUCAACUGUUCAACCUGCGAGAGAGCCUGACCUUCAGUACUCACCCUUCCCCGUGACACAAUCAAUGCCAACAAAGUACAGCAAUACAGCUUCUUCCAUCAGCAGUCCAGCCAUUUCCAUGCCAGAGAUUCAGGCAUUAAGAGCAAAUAGUAUUUCUACACAGCCAACUCCACAGACACUGCCAGGUGCUAGUGUUGCCACUGGACCAGCUCUUCCGCAACACCUUGCUGUGCACCCUUAUCCCCAACCUAGUCUUCCUUUGGGUCAUUUUGCGAAUAUGAUGAGUUAUCCUUUCGUGCCUCAGAGUUACCCAUAUAUGCCAUCAGCUUUUCAACAGGCAUUCGCCGGUAAUAGCACAUACCAUCAGUCUCUGGCUGCAGCAGUGCUUCCACAAUACAAAAAUAGCGUUUCUGUCAGCAGCUUGCCUCAGUCUGCUGCUAUUGCCUCUGGCUAUGGAUUUGGGAGUUCAACCAGCAUUCCUGGGGGAAACUUUCCUCUGAAUACACAUGCUGCUCCGGCAGGCACAACCAUUGGCUAUGAUGAUGUUUUAAGUUCUCAGUACAAGGACAACAAUCAUCUAAUCUCACUUCAACAGAAUGAUAACUCAGGGAUGUGGGUUCAUGGACCUGGUUCACGGACAAUGUCAGCCGUACCACCCAGCACAUAUUAUGGCUUCCAGGGUCAGAAUCAGCAGCCUGCUGGGUUCCGGCAAGGUCAGCAGCCUUCACAACAUUUUGGGGCACUUGGGUACCCAAACUUUUACCACUCACAGACGGGGAUGUCACUGGAACAGCAGCAGCAAAACCCUAGAGAUGCAUCCCUCAGUGGUUCUCAAGCGCAACCAUCGAAGCAAACUCAGCAGUUAUGGCAAAACAACUACUAAUCAAAAUUACCUCCUGGUUUUUCAGGGUCUAUCAAAGUGGCCAAUCAAAGGGGAAAUUGUUAAAAUAUAUGGGAAAAUUGGUGACGGUCUUGAGAGACCUUGAGUGGCUACUGCCUUGUACCAAGAGGUUGUAUUCUUAUUAUUUGUGAGUUGGUCUUGUUAACUUAGGAGCAUUUACAUGUGUGCUAAUUUGGGUUAGUGGACUAUAUGUUCGUUGCCUCAUCUCUUAUUUCUCCCUCGUUAUAGUGAAAAAUUUGCAUGCUCUCCCUUUCUUUUCUUUAA